AAAUUUCAACAACAGGAAGGGGACUCGUUUCUCUGCUACAUAGCUGUCGCACAAGCGCUUCCUGUUGGGAGUUUGUUGCUCUCACAUUUGGACAGAUUUGGUCAUGUUUCGGAAUGUCUUGGGUAGAUUGGUGACAGAAACUGUCAGUGUUCACCGCUAUGUAAAGGCUUCACCUCUAACACAUAGCGCAGCGCCUGUCUGUCUGUCUGUCCGGAGCUUCUCUGGUGUGAAGGACGGGGUGCAGCAGCCUUUUGACGCCUCCCUGCUCGAGUUCCUGGUUUGUCCUCUGUCCAAGAAGCCGCUCAGGUAAGACGACACCAAAAGAUCUCAUUCAGAAUAGGAGUUGUAUGGCGAAAUGUGCUGAACAAGGGUUGUAAAUUCGUGGUUUUACGCGCAGAAACGAAAGGCGUGUGGCGAUGACAGAGGAGACUGCUGUAAUAGCACCCUGGUACAACCUUUUACUGAAUAUUUAUUCGCCAUAAUUCCCAGUUUCAGGUGCCUGUGAGAUCUUCGAAGUCUACAACAGCUGGAUUUUAUGGGACCACAACAACCGCAAAUACCUACUUCCGUUGUCACUUAAACAGAAACAAAACACAUUCCAAACAAAAAAAACAUGUUUGGAUUCCCAACUUAUUUUCUUUCUGAGUGCUUUCUAAGUGUGUCACCUUUCUCUGUCCAGGUAUGAUGCUGAUACCAAUGAAUUGAUAAAUGAAGAUCUUGGUAUUGCCUAUCCCAUCGUUGACGGCAUCCCCAACAUGAUCCCUCAAGAGGCCAGACUGAUACAGAAAGACACAGACCCUUCAACUACACCAAGUCAGGGAUAGAAUCACAGCACCUUCGACUCACCAGAGAAAAGAGACUGGACGCUUUAAUUCUAAAGGGUGGUCAACUGAAUAAGACGCUGCUUCUGCACUACUAAAUACCUUUCCCAAAUUCUUGUUCAUUUAAAUGUCAUAGAGUCCAUCUGCAAUUAUGUUUUCUCUGUCUAUGAUGGUGGGGCUGGUCCCAAUAGUAUCUCUCUUUGGUUUGUUCUACUCCGCAGCAGUGGAUGAAAACUUCCCACAAGGCUGCACCAGCAGCAACAGUCUGUGUUUCUACAGCCUGCUGCUGCCAGUCACUAUCCCUGUCUAUGUCUUCUUCCACCUCUGGAGCUGGAUGGGGAUAAAGCUCUUCAGACAUAAUUAGCCCCCUUUGACCUGCUCUGUUACAGGCAAAAACCCCUACAGUACACUUAAAUAUUCUAUUUCUGGACCUAGCUGUACUGCUGUAAUACAUCUCAAUUGAAAUACAAAGGAAAUGAAUAUAUGACUAGAUAUCUACAAAGAGUAGUCUAAUAUAGAACACCUCUGUAGCAGUAGAUUAAUUUUGAGGGUAGCCCUGAGAAAAUGUCAUGUCAUACACAUUAUCAGUUCUGGUUGUGAAGUUUUUAAAGUUUUCUUUACAUAUGGGGAUGAUGGUGUGUGUAAAAAUGUGAAUAAAGUUAUAUUUUUUCCUUCCCUUACUUUCUUUU